CCGGGCCUUACGGCGCCUGCGCGCUGCGUUGCCGGCCGGGGUGAGGGGCGGGGCCGGAGUACCUCUGUGCCUCAUUGUCCCUUAUCGCCGCCCGAACAUCCAGCAGGUUGCCGGCACCAUGAAGAUCUGGACUUCGGAGCACGUAUUUGAGAUCUUGCUAUGUACUUCAGACUGCCCUUGAACUCACUGUAGCCCAGAGUGGUCCUCCUGCCUCAGCCUUCCCCAGUGCUGGGACUGCAGCCACCCGUGGGAAACUGUUACCACGGCUGCAAUGCAGAAAUACCCAAACCCUAUGAACCCGAGUGUGGUCGGAGUUGAUGUGCUGGACAGACACAUAGAUCCCUCUGGAAAGCUGCAUAGCCACAGACUUCUCAGCACGGAGUGGGGACUGCCUUCCAUCGUGAAGUCCAUUAUUGGUGCAGCAAGAACCAAGACAUAUGUGCAAGAACAUUCUGUCGUUGAUCCCGUAGAAAAAAUAAUGGAGCUUAAAUCUACUAAUAUUUCAUUUACAAAUAUGGUUUCAGUGGAUGAGAGACUUAUAUACAAACCACAUCCUCAGGACCCAGAAAAAACCGUUCUGACUCAGGAAGCCAUCAUCUCGGUGAAAGGAGUCAGCCUCAGCAGUUACCUUGAAGGGCUGAUGGCGAGCACAAUAUCUUCAAAUGCUAAUAAAGGCAGAGAAGCAAUGGAAUGGGUAAUACAUAAACUAAAUGCUGAGAUUGAAGAAUUGGCAGCUUCAGCAAGAGGAAGCAUACGGACACCAAUGGCGGCGGCGGCAUUUGUAGAGAAAUGAUAAACAGAGUUGGUACACAGUACCAGUCUCAAAGCCGACGAUAUAUUUAUUUGUUAUUUUAAAAAAACAACAACUAUAUUUUAGGUGUUUUUUUUUUUUUUUAUAUAAACUGGAGUAAGGCUAUGUGAUUUUCAUCCAAACACAAAGAUACAGGGUUCUAAAUCACAGGGAUCAUCUGAUGUGAGUAUGGCUUGAAAUGACUAAUUGCUAGGGUUCAGUAUUUAAGUGAAAAUGUAGUUUUUUUAAAUACUUGGAAACAUUGGUAUUGACAGUGCAUCCUCUUAAGACAGAGUGUGCAAGCUGUUCAGACACUGGGACUUCCCUGGCUGUGGACCAACCCCAGAAGAAAGCAGAGCCUCCCUUCACAUACACAAAUUAGCAGUGUGUGUGUGUAAGGAACUCGCUCUACAAGAAGAAACUGUAGAGUUGUAAAAGACACUCAUUUGUAUAAAAUAACUUGCUGGGCUAGAAGCCACAGUGUUACGAUUUGGUACUGAAAUGGUAUUUUUGGAGUGAAAACUACCACUAAAGUAAUAUGUGACUCCAACAGAAAUAUUAUUUUAUUGUAUUAAAGAGUACUGUAUCAGUUUGCCAAAAGUUUUGUGACUUAGUAAACGUAUUACCUUCUUUGGAUUUGUACUCUAUGACAUAGCACGCUGUACUGUGAGCUGGUUAUGCUAACUAAAAAAUAAAAGUCCUUACCUGAGUUUUGCAGCACUCUUAACACUUAAACAGAAGAGCAGCUGUUCACAUCUUUCAGCAUUUCACGUUUACUUAUAAAUUGCCAUGUGUCAGAAUCAUGGUUUUGUAAUUGCUAAGGCAUGAUAUGUCAGGUUAUUUGAAUAUAAUUACUUUUUGAAGUAAUUGUGACCACAAAACAUCUUUUUACAUGAGAAGCUGUACAUCAUUUGAAAUUAGUCAAAUAAUGUCUUGGUCUGAAGCAUAAAUGCCAGGUACUUAAUGUUUUAAUAACAUGGUGUCAUGGUGGGCGGUGGGGCACUGGGGGAGAAAAUGAAGUUCUUGGUGGGCAGAAUGGAGUGGUCCACACUCAGCAAAUUGCACUGUAGAUUUUAUUUAUCAGAAAUCCUUAUUUUGGUUAACAAGGUGGCUGAGAAACAAUCCAGUAAAUGUAUUUUGUUUAGUAUUUUGUACUGGGCACUUAAUCCCUAAACGGUAUCUUUGAUACUUGGAAGAGUUGUAUACAAUUUUUGUUAAAAGGUGGUUAGCUUUUGCUUUUAUUUUAUAGUGCUUAAUACAAUCAACUUUUAGUUGGGUUUCCUAUGCAGACCAGUUAAUACAUCCACAUUAUAGAAACAGUACCAAACUUUUAAAAUUAGUAUUUUUCUACUUAAAAUAUUGUGUGGUUUAAGAAUUCUUAGGACAUUUGUAAAUUAUGCUAAAUUCCGAUAAGGUUUCUGAUUUUUUUUUUUUUGUAACCAGAAAUAGUUUUACAAUUGAAGUACUAUUUCAGCUUUAAAAAAAUACUAAAUGUUGAAAUGUCUUCAUAAAAAAAAUACUAAAUGUUUUAAUAUUUGGCAAAAAGUGACUUGUGUAAUUUCUGUAAAUUAUACUUGUUCUAAAGAAAGGUAUAAUGCCUAAUGAUACAUUAUUUUUAAACCAGCGUUUAUCAUUAAUCCCUCACUUGAUUUUUUUCAUUGACCUAAUGAUAAAUCUAUAAAUUUUCAGUUUCCAAUGUAGUUAACUACAUCUAUCCAACUACCUGAUGAUUAUUCAUGGCUUCCAUUAAAAUACAAACAAGUUCACAGCAAGUUCAUUGAGGAUAAACCGGAAUAAAGUGUCGAUUUACAGCUAUUAAGCAUCUCAUCCUGAUAUUAAGAUGAACUUACUGAACUUAGGAGAAUUAAAGUGGCCUUUGCUAAUAAAGACUGAUUUAACUGUA